AUGUCUUCUCCCGCCGUGAACAAAGCACCCCCUAAGCUGGGCUCCAAGGCCGGAACCCCCGCCAAAGCCCGCAAAGCCUCCGGCUCCAGCACAGCCAGCAAACCGAGCACUGCCGCCGCCGGAAGUCCCAAAGCCACGAAGAAGGCAGCAACACCCCGCAAACUCUCCCAGAAAGCCCCCGAACCAGUCGACGACGACAUCGAAGAGCAAUCCAUCCCAGAGACACCCUCCCCAAAGUCAAAGAAACGCACUGAGCAGCGCCGUCCCAUCUCCCCACCCGACGACGCAGCCUCCCAGGCGCCUUCUGCCUCCGGCUCCGCAGCACCACUCGGCCGCGCCUCCUCAGGCUUGGCUGGUAAGGCUAAUGGCCUUGCCGGCAAGACGAAGGAGACAGUCCAGCAGGGUUCCGAGAUUGUCCAGAAUGGCGCUAAAGAUGCCACCCAGACUGCCACUGAUAACCUGCCUGUGCCAUUUGACCUGUCUGCAUUGAAGGGUCUUGAGGUGGCUGAGGGUGGGAAUAUCCUUGGAGAGGAUGGGAACCCAAUUGGCAAGGUCGUUGAGGGGGAUUGGGAGGAUCUUGUCGAACAGACUGUCGGUGAUGACGGGGAGAUUAUCGAUGAGGAGGGUGAUUUGAUUGGUCGCGUCGAUAUCCUUCAUGAGGUCGCGGACCAAGCUAAGAAUGCCGCCGAUGAUGCUCAGGAAAAGGCUGGAGAUGUCGAUCUGGACAAUGUUGUUACGGAUAUCGCUCAGCUCGAAGGACUUCCUGUUUCUGAUGGCGGUGUUAUCAAGAACGCUGCUGGUCAGAUCGUCGGCCGCAUUGUUGAGGGUGAUCCUGAAGAUCUUAUUGGGUAUACCCUCAAUGAAGAUGGUGAGAUCGUUGAUGAAGAGGGCGAUGCCAUUGGUCGAGUUGACUUGAUUCCUGUUGAGGAGCAGAAGAAGGCCAUUGAAGGUGCUGCUGGUGAUGCCACUGAUAAGGUCGGUGGCGCUGAGGAUGACAUUGAGGAUCAGUACGAAGAUGCUCAGGACGGUGUCUCUACUGAACAGGCUAAGGGCGCCGUUGAUGGCGUCGCGGAUGAGGUUGGAGACGAUGUUUCUGAUGUCGAAGGAAAUGUCGACAAGACUAAGUCUACUGCCGGAGAUAAGGCCCCCGACGCCGAAGACACUACUGAUGCUGUGGAUGGUGUUAUCGACGACGCGAAGGACACCGCCGAAGAUAGCAAGAUUGACCUCGAAGACAAUGUCGAAGGUGCUAAGGAUACGGCCGAAGGUGCCGGUGAAGACGCCACGGAUACCCUUGACGAGAAGGUCGAGGGUGCCAAAGACACCGCCGAAGAUACCGCCAAAGAGGCUAAGGAAACCGCCGAAGACGGGGUCGAAGACGCCAAGCAACAAAUCCCCGGCCUCGAGACACUCGAAGGGCUGAUCUGCAACAAGCUCGGCUACAUCAUCGACAAAUCUACCGGCAAGCCCGUUGGCCAACUCACCGAAGGCGACGCUAAGAAACUAUCCAAGCUUGGUGCCACACUCGACGACAAGGGCCGGUUCUGGGAUAACCGCGGCAACGUGAUCGGCCAAGCCAAGGCCCUCCCGGUUGAGGAGGAUGAAGGCGAAGAAGGCCCCUUCUCCGGUCUGGAGGGCCUGGUCGUCGGCGAGGACGGCUUUGUUGAAGACGAGAACUCGACCCGCGUCGGCCGCCUGAUCGAAGGCGAUGCGAAGAAACUGAGCGGUCGUGGCGUCGACGAGGAUGGCGAGAUCCUCGACCGAAAGGGCAACGUCAUUGGCCGCGCUGAACGCCUCGAACCUGAGGAAGAGCCCGAGGAGGAGGAAGAGGUUGGACCUGAUUUCUCUGCUGUCAAUGGUCUUUACUGCAACAAGGCUGGCUAUGUCAUCGGACCCGAUGGGUAUCCCAUUGCUAUUGUUGUCGAGGGCAACCCCAAGGAGCUUGCCGGUAAAAAGAUCGAGGACGGCGAGAUCUAUGACGGAAAGAAGGUCGUUGGUCGUGUUGAGCUCAUUCCUGAGGAUGAGCUCGAGACCAAGCCGGAGGGUCCGUUCGCUGGCAUGGAGAGCCUCUUUGUGACCAAGGAUGGAUUCGUCGAGGAUGAUGAGGGAUCCAUUGUUGGUAAGCUUAUUGAAGGUGACGCUAAAAAGCUUCGCGGUCGCGCUGUCGACGAGGAUGGCGAGAUCACCGAUAAGUACGGCAAUGUCAAGGGUCGUGCUGAGCCCUACGAGCCUCCCCAGGAGGAGGCUCCCGCCGAGGAAGACCUCUCUAUCCUCGAAGGCAAGGUUGUCAACAAGUCUGGUAACGUUGUUGACCCCGCCACUGGUGCUGUCGUCGGACGCAUUGUCGAAGGUGACAAGCGCCUCGCUGGAUGCAAAGUCGAUGCCAAGGGCCAGAUCUGGGGUGACAAUGGGAAGGUCGUUGGACGCGCCGAGCUCAUUCCAGGCGCCGAGCAGGACAAGGCUGAAGGACCAUUCUAUGGCUUCGACAACGCUGUCGUCGGUAAGGAUGGAGUGGUCCAGGACGGCGCGAAGAUCAUCGGACGUCUCAUUGAAGGCGACGCCAAGCGCCUUCUCGGCCGUAAGGUUGACGAAGACGGCGAUGUCCUCGAUAAGAACGGCAACACCAUCGGCAAAGCCGAGCGUUGGGAGCCCGAGGAGAAGAAGCGCGAUGUCAACCCCAUGUCUGGGCGCAAGAUCACUAAGGAGGGCGAAGUCCGCGAUGCGGACGGCAACCUCAUUGGAAAGCUGACUUCGGGUAACCUCGCCACGCUGGUCGGCAAGACCAUUGACGACAACGGCUAUGUUGUUGACAAUGAUGGCAACAAGAUCGGCGAAUGCACCUUGCUUGAGAAUGUUCCGGAGCCUGAGCCUGAGGAGCCCGAACGGGAGGGCCCCACGGCUGAAGAGCAGGAGGCUGCGGCAAAGGCCGAAUCUGACCGCCAGCUCGCCGAGAAGAUGAUAUCCAUCCUCAGCCAGACUCUCGAUCGAGUCAACCCUGUUUGCAAGCAGAUCGAGGAGGCCUGCGAAAAAGCCGACCGCGCCCCUAAGGAGGAACUCGACGAGGAGAAGCUUGUCCAAACCGUCAAGCCGCUCCUCGAAGAAGGCGGCCGCAUUCUGCAAGAGUGCAACGGAGCCAUCCGGGCACUCGACCCUGAUGGACGCAUCGCCGCGACCGCUAAGGCGCGCGCUGCUUCCCGUGACGCUACUCCCGAGGAGUACCAGCUUGCCGACAUGAUCAAGGAGCUCACUGAGACGGUCAUCAAGACCAUUGAUAACGGCAAGAAGCGCAUCGCUGAUAUGCCUCAUGCUAAGAAGAAGCUGAACCCCCUCUGGGGUCUGCUCUCUGAGCCAUUGUUCCAGAUCAUUGCUGCUGUUGGCUUGUUGCUUAACGGUGUACUUGGACUUGUCGGUCGUCUCCUUGAUGGUCUUGGCCUUGGUGGAUUGUUGAAUGGUCUCCUUGGCAGUCUUGGAUUGGACAAGUUGAUUAAUGGACUUGGUCUGGGCAGUUUGACUGAUGCUCUUGGACUUGGAAAGAAAUGA